ACUAAAUGACUUGUGCAAACUGGUACAUGUACUUAAAUGACGGCGACAACCUUCAAAACAUCAUAUGACGGGCUGGUGAUGACAAUGAAACAAUUUAUCGACCAAUAACAAUUACUCAAAUCGAACUUUCGCAUUGAAGAACGUUUUAGUUUCGUUUAUUAUACCUUGAGCUUCCAUGAGAAUUUGCCAUGGCAUCAAAGCAGAUUCAGUGUGAAAUGUGCUGUAAUGAAAAUGCGGUGGGACAUUGCAAAACUUGUGGAUACGUGGGCGAAACAUGUGUAAAUAUUCACACGAGAGGAAAGAUGUUUCAAACUCAUAUUGUCAUUAUGCUCGAGGCUGUGAAAAUUGAUGAGGAUGGUACUGAUACUCCAAAAGUCAUAUUGUGGGACAUCACAGAAGAAAUAUGUAAGCAGCAUCCGACCGAGAGAGCUUUUUUUCUUUGUAACAUUCAUGAUUCCAUGAUUUGUGGUAGAUGCCUUCAUUCCGAACAUCUUUCUUGUGGACGAGAAGUUGUUGACCUGUUGCAUGAAGUAGUUAACAUUGACUGCGAGAAAGUCAACACAAUGAAGUCCGUGUUAAAGGAGGUUAAAGAUGAAAUUCUGUUUUGAAAGAUGAAGCAGAACAAAGCAUUGAGAUCUGCAAGAAAAACGCUGAUAGAUGUAUGCAAGAAUGUAUGGAAUUAGGAAAUAAAAUUAAACUACGUGUAGAUGAAUUGACAAGUGACAUUAUACAUGGAAUAACAAAGACAAAUGACAUAAACGUGAGCACCCAUUCCAGUAUUACUCAGACGUGUAACGAGAAAACCAAGUGGUGUGGGGAUGAAGAAAAUAAAAUUGAUGAUUUUGUUGACAAUAAUAUGGCUGGGCACUUGUAUCUAAUGCACAAACAUUUUGAGAAAGAGGCUUCGGAUACCAGAUCCCAACUCAUAGACUUCAAACACAAACAUACUUUUAAAGGGUUCGACUUCAAAGAAAACAAUGUAAUUCUUAAAUGCCUGUUUGAGGAUUUGGAAGAAGUUUGUGAACAACAAGAAGAAGUUACUGGGAGCGACGAUGGAAGUGCCAACGAUGUUUUCGCAUCCACCCCGAAAAUAAACAAGACACGGCGAGAGCUCAAUGUACUGUUGAAUCAGGCCAAACACGAAUUAGAUAACUCAGAAAAGACAAGGAAGCUGUUCGAACGAGAUUUACUGAAAGCGAAACAGGACAUAGAGAAAUGUGAAAAGACACAGAAGGAACUGCGUGAUGAGCUGAAACGAGUGAAACAAGAACUAUAUCAUUCAGAAAAGGAGGGAGCAGUAGUCAAGGCACAGUUUUCACAGAUCAAAGACAACAUUAAAUGGACUCAACCAACUGGAACUGUUAAAAUCGACAUCAGCGUUGAAAGCGGUUGGCAAAUCAUCAACUUAGUUUUUACAUUCCCGGAUGGCACUCAGACGACUAAGACAAGCGUUAUUUUGAUAGAAAAACAAGAUGUGCUAAAGUCUAGCACCAAGUCAAUAUGA